AUGGACCGGUUUGAAGAUGUAUCAGAUGGUGAAGUGGAUCAUGCUUUCUUUGACAGUGAUUUUGAAGAAGAGAAAAAGAAAGCUGAACAAAAUGGUGAAUGUAUAGAGAAAGGAAGUACAAAGGCAGCUCUUGCAGACCCUGAUUUCGUUUCUAAUUCAAAGGAUGCAAAGCAUUGUGAGGAGGAAAGUGAAGAAAAGCAGAAAGAUUUGCAGAAGAAUCAGUCCCUAGAAAAUAGCCCAGAUCAUCUUGGAGGUGCUUCAUCUUUGUCACUUUCUCCAGUUGUGGAGGACGCAGGUACAUCUGGAGCGACAUCAGCAGCAAGUAUGGGAACACAGGAGAAUGUUCCUGCUGGAAUCCCCAAAAUAGUUAAAGAAGGUGAAGAAGAUUAUUAUACAGAUGAAGAAGAUAGUAGUGACGAUGGCAAAAAACAGAAGGUUAGACCAAAGUCAGCUAAGCAGUCAAACAACAUAAAAAAGACUAGCAAAAAAUAUACUAAUAUCAGCUCCUCUUCCUCUUCCUCCUCCUCUUCCUCCUCAUCCUCGUCCUCAAGCUCAGAUACAGAUUGUUCUGAGACAGAUUCCGAUAGCUGUUUAUCAGAUUCAUCUCAUUCUUCCUCAAAGAGGAAUGCUUGCAGGAACACUCUUCUGUCUCCAAAACAAAAAUUUAAGUCAUCAGUGAAAUUAGCAGAAGGAAAACCAAAGCUCGGUGACUACUUGGAGGAGUCUGAAGACACAGUGACAGACGUAACGCCACUGUCAACUCCAGACAUCAGUCCUAUCCAGUCUUUUGAACUCGCAGCAUCAAAUGAUAAGAAACUAAAAAUAAAGAGACAGGAAAAUGUGAACCAAGAAUUAUAUGAUUCCGAGUUUGAUCGCAGAUAUAGUCGAAAAGUCCUGCAUGAUGCUAUGGACCUGAAUCAGCUUUUGAAAG